GUGGACCAAUGGUAGGGCGUAUUGCCGCCCCGGGUGCAGGGUACGAUCCCGGGACUGCGGGGAUAGUUUAUCAGCGGCGGAUCCGGGGUGGUAGCAUGGCAUCAGGAUUGGUAAUGAACCAGGAGCUUUCCAACAUACUAAAUGAGAUUUGGAAAGCAGACGAAAACCGACUGGUGCCUGGAAUAGACUAUCAGAUUUCUGUGCAGGGUAAAGCAGGGUAUGUCCCUGCUGGAAGUAACAAUGCAAAGGACAAUGCCCGCAGGCCACUGUUCUCCUACGUAAAUGAGGAACGCUUACACUCAAUUAAAACCUUUGCUGCCUUCAUUUCCCUCUUGGACAACUAUGAAAUGUCCACUGGAAUUGCUGAGGUGGUAACACCAGAAGAAAGGGCUGAAAACAAUCGCUUUCUGGAUGCAGUUCUUGGAACAAAAGUCAUGCAGUUAACUCAUCAAUACCUUGUCGGUAAAAAUCUCACAUCAGCUGAUCCACAGCAGUUCAAGCAACACCUUUAUGACAUCUGGUUUCAGCUGUAUUCCAGAGGAGGGAGAUAUGGGCGAGAUUCUUCAGGAUUUGAGCAUGUGUUUGUCGGAGAGACUAAACGAGGGAGAGAGAUCAUGGGCCUGCACAACUGGGUCCAAUUCUACCUGCAGGAGAAGCGCAACCAUAUUGAUUACAAAGGCUUUGUGGCCAGGAAGGACAAGAAUAAGCCUGAUGAAGAUGAUCAUGUCUUGAACUUGCAGUUCAGCUGGAAGGAGAUGGUGAAACCAGUGGGCAGCUCGUUUAUCGGAGUGAGCCCAGAGUUUGAGGUUGCUGUCUACACCAUCUGCUUCCUCCUGUCGCAGGCCAAGGUCUCGCGGGAGCUGGUAAUGGUGGACGAAUACCAUUUACAAAUUGUUGUGUAUCGCCACGGGAAGUACAUUGGAAGUUCCUACCCAGUGCUGCUCAGUAACAACAACAUACCCCUGGACUGAACCUCUGAUAGUCUCAGGGAACUUCAGCGUCGUUCUACAGUCUGCACAAAUUUCUGCAGAAUAUACAUCCGUCCAACAAGCAAACUGUAGUUGAUGCUCAGAUCUUUUUUUUUGCCCUGGAUGCAUAUCCUCAAAGUCCUUGCGUUUUGUAUAACACAUCGCUGCACAUUUUGCAGAGACUGCUGUUUUAGAAUCCUCAAUUAUUGCAUUCCCCAGUGAACACAAUGGAGUUGAUGCUGUGCAAAAGGUGACAGUCUGAGUUAAAAUUUGGGUUACUUUGUAAAAUAAAAUUGUUUACCAUUCAGCACAGAAUCCAUUUCAGAAGCUGUCCCCACAAAUCAACACAUUUCACACAAGAUCUCUAUGCAGUAGUGCUAGUUUUUUAAAUUUAAUAUGAUGUUGCAGGAUUUUAGUUUCAGUUUUUGUUCUGAUGAUGCUGCAGUCCUCAAGCUUCCAAACUCUAUAAAACAGUAAAAUCAUUAUAGACUCGGUGGCGUGCCAAUAAAGCAGCAUCACCUGCCUACCUUUUUGUUAAUUAAAUCCUCCUGUGACAAACCACCCCAUCUAAUAUCUCUUAGAAAACCUACCAAUCUCUCCAUAACCAGUGGGCUCAGAAAUGUUUGUGUUAUUUGAAGUGAAAUUGGUGCUUUUUAAUCUUCACUACAUCAUGUGACCUACCAGCUGCACAUUUUCAGAUCAAUCUGAUGUGAAACUCCUGCAUGAUUUUAAACUGGAGAAACACUCUGUUCACUCUCCAUUCCAUAUUUGAAGAUAAACACCCACAGCCAGCAGUCUGUAUUUCUAAUUGCGGAAGAGCAUUUGUUUUCAUAGCUUGACAUUCUUAAUCUGCUUUAUUCAAUUUAAGUCAUUGAUUUAGGGGUUAACUCUACGUUAUAAUCAGUGUAUUUCUCUGCUUCAUAGCCCAUAUUAAUGGAAUUAUCUGAGCUUGUUAGAUUGAACAUUUUAUUAAACAAAAGUUAUUUGAAUUGUAAAAGUGUUUGAAAAUGCAGACUUCGUUGAUAUUUCAGUUUGCUUUUAAUAGCAGCUUGCAUUUCAUUUAUGUUUUUAGCUUCCAAAUAAAAUAUUUUCAACCAGACCUUGAUUAGGCUUUUUCUCAGUCUCUGAGGUGCCAGAAAUAUGGAAGAAACUUUUGUUUCUCAUGGACCUGUUUCCAAGAAUUGAAGUUGGAGAGAGUUUAGAUGAGAGCAGCUCAAAGAUUGCCUUGGUGUUUAAGAAUGGGGAGGGUUUGACUAUAGCAGAUUACAGUCCAUCUGGUCAGAUUUUUUUAGUAACUAAUAACCUCAAAUGCCAACCUUCCAAGGAUUACUGAGGUUUGAAUCAAUUUAUGAAGUUUAACUUUAGAUGGUUUGAUGAAGACAAGAAAACUCAUGCUUAAAGAUAUUUCACAUUUACUUGAAACUGGAUGUUUGGUCUUUCCCAGGCCCAAAAAACUUAUUGGGAUUUUGCAACAUCACAAGCAACUUGAUUCUGCAGAUACCACAGCAGGUUCUGCAACUACAUCAAAAAUUUCAAUGCUUCCCUAAAACAGUUUCAAAAAAGCUUAUGCUUUUUACACUUCUGAAUUUUCCAUUCUCAUCGAAUAUGUUUUGUGGUUUUCGUAACUCAUUGUUCGGUCAUUAUGGAAACUCUACUCCUUUUAAAGUUCAAUCUUUGCUUUUACAAUGGAGUUGAUUUUAUGAGAAUUUGUACUUUUAUCCCAACCAAAUCCUUAACCUGCCUGCUGUGUUCUGCAGCUUACUCUGUUUGAAGUCGAGCAUUAAUCGGAAAUACAUUAAAUCCUGAGCAACAUGAGGGAAUACUGAAAUGAGUUACAUGUUGGUAAACACAGUUUGCUGAUUUGAAAUUUCUAUUCCAUUCUCCCUCCAAAUGUAAACAAUACUGGAAUUAUUUCUAAUCAAGUGCUGCUUGUUAAAACCUUGCCUUAAUUUCUCAAAGUUCAGCAAAACCGUGGAAUACAUAUUUGAUUAAAGUUUAUUCUUUUGCAAGUAGUUAUAGUUCAGUUUGUGCAAUGCAUGUUCACCUUUUUAAUAAGCUUGAAAUAAAGUGCAUUAUGGAAAA